AUGGCAUCAGGCUUCGAGAUCUUCGGUUUGAUAGGCACCAUAAUCACCAUCAUCGACACCUCCAUUGAGGUGUUUGGUGCCAUCGAAGAUCUUCGGGGACUGCCAGAAGCGUUCAAGGAAGUCAACAAUCGGCUUCCGCUCAUCAAAGAGAUUCUAGAAGAGGCCAAGGGCCACGCAAAAGAUGCACCCGCCAAUGAGGUUAAGGCGCUGGGGAAGACACUGGCUAGCUGCCAAAAGAAGACCAAAGAACUCCAGGAAAUUUUCUUGAAGAUCCAGAUGAAGGCAAAGGACGGCGAGUUUGUUACUUCCGUUUACAAAGCGCUCGUGCUCAAAUUAGGCAAGAAAUCGCGGGUCGAAGACCUUAUGCAGAAUAUCCUUCAGGACUUCACUGUCUGA